UCUCCCUCUGCCGCCGUGAAGAGGACCGGGACUUCUCCGGUGGGAGUAACGUCCACCCGUCCAUCCAAGGGAGGACCUGGUUGCUGACAGGUCAGCCUCCUCUCCCUUCGGAGCUGGCUCUCCUCCGCCCAGCAACCUUCUGCCCACCUGGCUGGCAGCCCUCAGCUGUCCCUCCCCGUUUCUCUCCUUCUCGAUUAAAACAGAAGAGAUGUUCAGCCCCCCUCCUCAUUCCUGCAGCUUAAGGCCAGGCUCCCCAGCAGUCACCCGCUGUUCCCUUCCUGAAGGGAAGGUGUAGUCUUUCCCUGCCUCCAGGUCAAGGUGGCUGUUCUUGAAGAGUCAGCUCCACCUAAGCUUUCUGCCAAGGUGAUGUCUUCCUCCAGAGGCCCCACCCAUCCAGCGCCCGGCCCCAACGACCCCGAGAAAGGCAGUCUAGCCAGCGUCCCAGAAAUUAUCCGGAAGAAGCGGGAUGGCGAGAAGCUGCAGCCGGAGGAAAUCCGCUAUUUUGUGCAAGGCCUCAGCACGGGCAGCUUGCAGGAGGGGCAAAUAGGGGCCAUGCUGAUGGCCAUUCGGCUGCGAGGCAUGGAGCCCGACGAGACGCUGACGCUGACCCAGGAAAUGGCUGCUUCGGGGACAACGCUGCCGUGGCCCAAGGAGUGGCAAGAGCUGCUGGUGGACAAGCACUCCACGGGGGGCGUGGGAGACAAAGUCAGCCUGCCCCUGGCUCCUGCGUUGGCUGCCUGCGGCUGCAAGGUGCCCAUGAUCAGUGGCCGGGGCCUGGCCCACACAGGGGGCACGCUGGACAAGCUGGAGUCUGUGCCAGGCUUCAGGGUUUCCCAGAGCCCAGAGCAGAUGAAACAGAUCCUGGAACAAGUCGGCUGCUGCAUUGUGGAACAGAGCAAAGAGCUGGUCCCGGCCGACAAAGUCCUCUAUGCCCUGAGAGACGUCACGGCCACGGUGGACAGCCUGCCCCUCAUGAUAAGUUCCAUCCUGAGUAAGAAGGUGGUGGAGAACCUCUCUGCCCUGGUGCUGGAUGUAAAAUUUGGCAGUGCUGCCCUGAAACACACCCUGGAGGAUGCUCAGCAGUUUGCCCAGAACCUGGUGUCCGUCGGAAACCAGCUGGGGAUGAAAACAGCGGCGGUUCUGAGCAGGAUGGAUGAGCCCUUGGGGCGUCGCGUGGGCAAUUCCUUGGAAGUCCUUGAAGCCUUGCAGUGCCUGGAAGGAGGCGGCCCCAAGGACCUCCGUGAGCUGGUGAUCACGCUAGGAGGAAUCUUGCUGUGGCAGACCGGGCGAGCCAGCUCCGUGCGCGACGGGGCCACCCAGAUCGGCCACGUCCUGGACAACGGGGCCGCCCUGCGCACCUUCCAGGCCAUGCUCCAGGCUCAAGGGGUGGAAGCCGAGACGGCCCGAGUCCUGUGCGAGGGGACGGAGGAGCAGCGCUCGCAAGUGCUGAAGCCGGCUGGCACCCAAGAGGAGCUGCGGACAUUGCAGGAUGGGACCGUGCAGCAGAUCCUGGCUAUGCCCAUUGCACAGGUGCUCCACGGCUUGGGAGCCGGCCGGACCCGGGAGGGGCAGAAGAUCAACCACCGGGUGGGCGCAGAGCUGCUGGUCUCCGUGGGGCAGCAAGUGAAGAAAGGGACUCCAUGGAUCCGCAUCCAUUACGAAACCCCCAAGCUGAGCAACACCCACCGAGACACCUUGCAGAAGGCCCUGAUUCUGGCGGACGCAGAGCCCGCUGUCCCCAGCUUGAAGGUGGUGAAAAUGCUUCUUUCUGGUGAAGAGUCAGAGGCGACUGGAUCACAGGGAGAGGGAGAAGGGGCUCCUGAGAAAUAGCAGGCCCUGGAUCAGCGAGCAGAAAGAUCUUCUUGGCAGCAUCUUCCAACUCUUGGGGGCCCAACCUUGGACUAAGUGUCUUUUACAGAACCCCCAUUAAGCCAGGAUGAGAAAAGGUGGUUUCUGCAAGAGGCAGCUUGCAAAAUACUUCCGUGAUCUCCCUCAGAGAGGUGGAAGGUGGGAUAGACUUGAAGGGCUAGGUUGGGGAGAUAGCAUCCUGGAGAAGAUCCACCUCUGUGGUCAUUAAGAGAUGACACCAACUUGAUGCCCCCAUCCUCAUCAGUCAGGUGUGUAUAUUGCCAGAAGAUUGAAAUCUGUGAGUGGUCCUGCAGCACCAACCCAUCUGUGUCAAUAAAUGCUACCAUCCUGUGACUGCCACCACCA